AUGGCGUCGGGAGCGGGAGGUGCUGCCAGUGCAGGAUCCGGUGGUAGCAGCGGAAGCAGCAGUAGUGGAAGUCUCGCCAGAGAUGAUUCCAAAUGGUAUUUUACGGCGGAACAGCUGGACAAAUCGCCCAGCCGCAAACAGGGCAUGGACGCCGAUCAGGAGCUGAUGUACAGACAGCGAGCGGCGAACCUGAUCCAGGACAUGGGACAACGGCUGCAAGUGUCGCAACUGUGCAUCAACACGGCGAUUGUAUAUAUGCAUCGUUUCUACGCAUUUCAUUCCUUUACACAAUUUCACCGCAAUAGCAUAGCUGCUGCCGCCCUGUUCCUAGCUGCUAAGGUUGAGGAACAACCACGAAAGCUCGAGCAUAUUAUCAAAGUGGUUCACAUAUGUCUGGGUAUGGAAGCACCCGAUCCACUGAAGGAAAACUACGCCGAGCAGGCUCAGGAUUUAGUGUUCAACGAGAAUGUGCUGCUGCAAACACUAGGCUUCGAUGUUGCCAUCGACCAUCCGCACACGCACGUCGUUAAAACGUGCCAUUUAGUCAAAGCUUCCAAGGAUCUGGCGCAGACGUCCUACUUUAUGGCUUCUAAUAGUUUGCACCUGACAACUAUGUGUUUGCAAUAUAAACCGACUGUGGUCGCUUGUUUUUGUAUACAUUUAGCGUGUAAAUGGUCGCGUUGGGAGAUCCCACAAUCGAAUGAAGGCCGCCACUGGUUUCAUUAUGUGGACAAAUCCGUCACGUUAGACCUGCUCAAACAGCUGACAGACGAGUUCCUUCACAUCUUCGAUCGGUGUCCAACGCGGUUGAAGAGCAAAAUGAAAUCGAUACGCGCCGAUCAGCCACAAGCGGAUGACUCGAGUCGGCGAAGUUCUUCUGCAAUGCCGAGCUCCUCGUCGUCGGCCAUACCGCGUGGCAUUGACGACGCUGGUUCGUCCUCUAGUCAUCAUCGGUCAUCGUCUCAUUCGCACUCUAAGCAGAGCUCUUCAAGUGGCGACCCAUCGUUGAAAGCAUCACAAUCUUCCAGCCACAAAAUUCCUUCAUCUGGUAGUUCCCGUUCUCGCGGCGAUCGGCCGCCAUCAUCGUCGUCGCAGGCACUGCACCAGCGGGAAAUGAUGUCCGGUGCUGGUGGCGGCCACUAUGGAACGAGUAGUUCCAGCAGUAAAAUGCAACCAAUACCGCAUCACAGCAGCAGCCGUUCCGGUAUGCCACCACAGUCGUCUUCGUCGUCAUCAUCAUCAUCGUCAAGAUACGGUAACAUGCAUGAAAGUUCCAGGGAUCCAAAGAAUCGCAUGAUGCCAACGGCGACCGGGAGUAGUUCAUCUUCAUCGAUGCCAAUGCAUCCGUACAGCCAAAGCAAAGUUGACCGGCACGGCGUUAGUAGUGGUCAAAAAGGACCGUCACUAUCUCUUAUGGAUGGUAAAAAUCAAGGAAAAUCACAAAACUCCAUGAUGGCGGCACCUCUAUUCAGCGGUAGUAAUCCGGAUUUGUCCAGCCGAUCGUCUGCUUCGUCAUUGAUGAAACAACCUUACGGGUCACACCCACCUAGCUAUAGCCAAUCGAUGAGUAAUCGAAACAAUAACAUGCCUUCUAGUGAAUCGCAAUCCGUCCCUAAUCAGCAAACGCAGCAGCAGCAAUUUAAGAAUCAGAUGCAACAGCAGUUACCAUCGGCAGGUGCUGAAUCUUCAUUCCGCCUUAUUGAUGAUAGCAAUCGAUUGACCGAACCAAUGCAAAUGAGCACCCCUCCCAAGCAAUCUAAGCCUUCGUCGAUAUUCAGCCCAGAUUGGAAAGAUACGCAGGCGGAAAGUAACAACGGCAGUGUUUCCAACAGUGGUGGAAAAUCUAGGUCACAAGGGCAAUUGAAUGCCAACAUUCAGAAAACGAUCAAAGAAAGUCCAAGUAGCAGGGAGAAAAAGCCCUCUGUUCCAACCUAUCCGGAUCAACAGCAUAAGUCUCGUUCUAUCACACCGAAGAAAGAGCGACGUACCGAAGCUGUGACGACGCCCAGCUCAAGCCAACAGCCGAGAUCCACUGAGAAGAAACCUCCCUCAUCUUCGAGUUUGAAAAGGUCGCUGGAAACGCCAUUAUCUGGAUCGAUGUCUGGUAGCACAUUAGAUCCAACUGAUUUGCUAGGCAUCAAUAAGAUUUCUAGUGGACAAGCACCGAUGAAGCGGUCUCUUCACAGCAGUGAACAAGUUCGACAGGAAGAUGGAACCGAUUUCCGGGAAUCUAAAGUGCGCAAAGUGGAAAUUUCUUCUCCUUCUGACAAUCUAUUUUCCUCGUCUUUCGACUUGUCCAGCACGUUUGAUAAGCAGGACGAUAGUUUCUCGAUGUUUCCGUUCAACGACCCUGGUUCGUUGCUGUCGCAGCCUUUGCUCAGUGAUUCGAAACCGAUCAAUAUCGGCAAAACUAGCUUCAGUAAUACUAUCAACGGAAUUGAAACUAACCCGGCUUUAGUUAGUAGUUUGCUCAAGGAAAGUCUGUGUGGCACGGAGAGCAAGUUCAGCUCCCUCAGUGGGAGCGCUACUAAUGCCUUGGGUUUUGCUUCAUCUUCAUCAACAACCAAUAACAGCACGGUAGCAAGUACUGGAUCAUCACUAUUGACUAGUGCUGCUUCUUCGCAGUCGGUUUCAAGCUUGAGCGCAUCGUCGGCUCCAAGCUUAGUGCCCAAUGUACCUGAAACUAUCAAGACAGAGCCUCAAACUAUUGACGUUAAUGCGCCGUCGGCGAUCAGUAGUUUGCUUGCUCAAUCCGCACCAUUAUUGUCGACAGCCUCGACACUGACUACAGCAAACACCAACACUGCUAGCAGUGAACUGGUGGCACUAACAGGCGAUACAGCCACAGCUCUUUCCAAAGAAGAGGAGCAUCGCCGCUCCAAGUCGGAAAAGAAGAAAAAGAAAGACAAACACAAACACAAAGAGAAGGACAAGACAAAGGACAAGGAUCGUGAGGAGCGUAAGAAACACAAAAAGGACAAGGACCGGCACCGAGAUCGAGAAAGGGAGAAGACCGACCAGGCAAGCGAUCCGGCAUUGAUCCCCGGCCCGAUCAAAAUUAAACUUCCAAAAGACAAGUUGAAUCUCCACCCACUCACCGAAAGCACAACCGGUGGUAGCAAUCCUGCGGCAGCCGCCGCCUCCGAUAUAGGAUUAAAAAUCAAAAUUCCAAAAGAUCGGCUUUCGGGUGCUUCAUCUCUUAGUGGCUCCAGCACAAGCGCCUCGACGGCCCACAGUGGGGCAGCAGUUCCCGCAACCGGUUCCACUUCCAGUCAACCUUCGACGCUAGCUCCGAACCCUCUCAAACUGAAAAUCUCCAAGGACAAAAUCGAGCACUACAACAUUAAUGAUAGUGGAUUCAACAAUGGCUCCGGCCACGGAGGCCACGGAGGGGCACACCACAGCCACAGUAGCAAGAAGAAAGAUCGCGACAAGGAACGCGAUAAGAGCAAAUCGAACAAAUCAUCCACGUCCACUUCGUCGACAGCGGCGGUGACUGCUGGAAUGGGCCCAUUAAUCAUUAACGACUACAACAAACAGAAUGGUAAUAGUGGCGCCGGGGGUUCCUCCGCCUCCGGUGGACAGACUGGCAGUUCUUCCAGUAAAUCUUCCUCCAGCAAGCUUACCGUCUCUUCCGCGCAGCAACAAUAUUCCCUAAACAACAUGAUGACCGAUCAAUUGAUGCCUUCUACCGGAGGUCCACAACAUCCCGCCAGUUUCGAUUACAUGCAGCAUGCUCAGGCUCCCACGCUUCAGCAGCAGCAAUACUUCAGCCAGUUUGGAGCGUUUAGCUCUCAGCAACAACAGCAACAACCAAAUGUGCUGACUAGCAAUAGUGCGUCAAAGAUGGCUGGCAACACUUCUCUUGGCACCUCCCUCCAGAACUUCUACUACGGCACGAAUAAUCCAAACAAUAAUAAUAACACUGUCAAGAAAUAAAAUGGUGAAAUUAGCACGAUGCGAACUUUGGGAAGAUAAGGCACACACUAAAAAAUGUGGCAACAAUGAUGUACCCAAUUCGAAUCAUAUUCAUAUGACUUAAGUUUUACAUUACUUUUAGAUUAUCAUCCUUUGUGAAUAAAUGUACAUAGCUUUAAUUAUAAUGAAAACAGGAUAAAGCAAUACAA